AUGAAUACUAAUCAUUUAUCGUCAUUGUCGUCGUUAUCAUCACCUUUACCAUUAAAAACAGCCUCUUCAUCUUCCGCAUUAUCGAACAAUAGUUUAACAAAAGUAACAUCAACAAACAAUUUGAUAACGACAUCACGUGUUAUUGACAACAGAAAACCAAAUGAUACAAUGCAUGUUAUGCGAAGUACUCUUGUGCCUUCUUGGUCAGUUCCACCAAAAGUUUUAUUGGUUGAUGACGAUGCUGUUUAUCAAAACAUUGGGUCGAAACUUUUACAAAUUUUUGGUUGCUCCUUUGAUAUUGCUGUGGAUGGGUUAAGUGCUGUUCGUAAAAUGAAUUUUGCAAAAUACGAUCUCGUGUUAAUGGAUAUUGUAUUACCUAAUUUAGAUGGUGUUGAGGCGACUACUCAAAUAAGAAGAUUUGACAUUACUACACCAAUUAUUAGUAUGACAUCUAAUAUAGCGGCUGAUGAGUGUUUCAAGUAUUUGUCUCAUGGGAUGAAUGACAUUUUAGCAAAGCCAUUUACAAAAGCUAAUUUACUCUCAAUGUUGGAAAGACAUUGUAAACAUCUUAAAGCCAUUAAAACUUUUCAAAAUAUUCCUAGAUCUAUGCAUUAA